UGAAAUACAAGUGAGCAUUAUUUUAUUGGGUGAAGUAUAAUGAGCAUCUUGCACCAAGGGCCCUACCAUACUCAAAAGUCAGGGAAUAAAUAGACCCUAAAAAUCAUUAGCAGAAAGAGUAAUCCUAAUGGAGCAGAGAGCUUGGCCUUUGGGCACCUCCAAGAACCGUCCUUUAUGAAAAUUGGCAACAGAAAAGGUACAAUGCAAGAACAAUAAAAAUUGACAGGCUCCCAUGUGGCCCACAUGGGCCCACAUGUAUAAAUGUAUGACAUGUGGGUCGCUCAUCCCUAUGCUCAAUGGUCCUCCUCCUCCCCCUCCAAUAAUUCGUGCCCAAUAAUUGAAAUUGAAAUCUCAAUAUAUAGUUUCAACACCCACUUGUUUCAAAAGAGAAACCUUCACCAUUAUGUGGAGCAACCUCCCCUUCGACCUCCUAGCAAACAUCUUCUCCUUCCUCCCGGCGGACUCCUUGGCACUCGCCAGCUCAGUCUGCAAGCACUGGCACACAUGCGUUACUGCUUACCCGGCCACGGCCGCUGGGGCUCGCAAUCCGCCGUGGUUCGUGGCCUUGCCUGUGCGGAACCGUGGUCACACUUGCUACACGCAUAACCCAAUUAUUGAUACUUGGCAUGGGCUUUUUCUAGGCUUCCUUCCUCAUGCUAUUCGCCCGGUUGCCUCCAUUGGAGGGCUUGUUUUAUUAAGGUCCACUACUUCUACUACUCUUCAGUUAGCGAUUUGCAAUUUGUUCACCAAGCGAUAUUGGAGCCUCCCAAUGUUGAACAUUGCCCGGACCAACCCGGCGGUGGGGGUUGUUUUCGGGUUGGACGAGAGUCCAGAUGUCCGAUUUUCGAGCUUUAGGGUGUAUGUGGCUGGGGGGAUGUCGGAGGCGCCAAGUGGGGGUGCGGCGUACGAACCGACAUUGGAAAUGUACGACUCGUGGCAAGACAGAUGGGAUAUCAUGGGCAGAAUGCCGGUGGAGUUUGCGGUGAGGCUCACAGUGUGGAGUCCCAAUGAGAGCGUGUACUCAGGCGGGGUCCUAUAUUGGAUGACCUCCGCCCGGGCAUAUAGUGUGAUGGGGCUCGACAUUGAGUCGAACAGCUGGCGGGAGCUGAGCGUGCCGAUGGCGGAGCGGCUAGAAUUUGCGGCACUAGUGCGGUGGAACGGCAGGCCGACGCUAGUGGGUGGCACGUGCAACGAAGGCGCAUGCAUAUGGGAGCUUGGCGAGGGGGAUACAUGGGGGUUGGUUGAAAAGAUCCCAAUUGAACUCGGCAUGAGAUUAUUAGGGGUUAAGGGAAGUUGGGAAAGUACUAAAUGUGUGGGAAGUGAUGGGGCCUUGUGCUUGUACAGGGACUUAGGGUCAGGAAUGGUAGUUUGGAGGGAGGUAGAGAAGGGUAGAUGGGAAUGGCUCUGGGUUGAAGGGUGCUGCUCGGUAGGAGGAAAACAAGUCCAAAAUAUCCCAAUUAAGGGACUGCUUCUUCACCCAAAUCUUGCUACCUCAGGCUUUCCAGAUAAAUGACUCAAUUUUUUUGUGCAUAGUAAUUCUUUAGUUUGCCAGAUGUUGAUGUAUCAUUCCCUCUAUGUAACUUAAUACUUUUUUCACACUAGUAUGGAGAAAAGGGUCAUUGAUGAUGAAGUGUAUUGGCAAAGGAUUUGAGUGAAAGUGAGACAAUUUUAGUAACCUUUUAAUAUUAGGCUCUGGUUGUGCCA